AUGAAGGUCCAUUAUGGUAAAGCAAAGCUGCCUAUUGAUUUUAGUGUAGGUGGAGACAUCAUUGCCAUGGAUCUUCUUGGUGAAGGUGAAGAGGAGCAUGAGCCAGGGAGGAAAGGGAACAAGAUUCACAAUGUUACUAGGCAAAGAAAUUUCAAGCAAAAGUUCAUCGCCCUCCUACGGAAGUUCAAAGUCGCAAGCGAUGAGAGCGACACGGAACCGUUCCCCUUUGAGGACCAGGAUCAGACACCAAUUGAUGAGGACUUCCUCUACGAUGAUCUAAGUCUCAUCAAUUACAGUGACAGCGGACCGGAUAUGGAUCCUGAUGAGAUGAGCAUUGAAUCAACGCCGAAACCCGUCCUGAGACCAUUCUUCUCGCAAGGCAUCCCCACAUCAAGCUCUAUGGCUGAGGACAUGGAACAUGUUGGUCAGUCUGAGCCCUCACCGGACAAUAGUCAGGACACGGUCAAACACACGCAGGAUUUCUACUCCAAGGAUGCAAGUAUGGAAGAGUUAACCAUCCCCGAUGGCGACGCCGACAACACCCACAUCGUGGGCGAUCACCGGAGACAGGGUAGCAACGGCAGCUCGCACAGCGCCACCGACGCCAACAAGAACCCUGUCCCUGCAGCCAACGGAGACCGCACCACACCCAUGGUUGGGUCCCAAGCUGGGGCGAUAGGGGCUAGGGAGGUGGGGUACAAGCGGAGCAGCAGCGCAGGGAGAGAGAUGAGAGUUGGAGGAGGUGGGAAGGACGGGGAGCACCGGAGGAAUAAGUCGGCGGAGAGGUCCAACAGUCUUGGGACAGGAGAUAAGAGGAAACCUAAAUUGCCAAUCACGGAACAGCUCUCAGAGUUAUGGCUCACAGAUGAAACAACUCCAGAGAAGAUCUUAUUAGUUAACAUCUCAGAAAAACAUGGACAGGUAAGUUCUCAUCAUUUAUUCCAAAGCUCUAUCGUCAAAAUCAUUCUAUUUUCAUAAUUUCUUAUUCAUGUGCACUCUAAAUUUUCUUUAAAAUGUCUGAUUACCCUGUCUGGGCGGUCCAUGUAUGUUUGGCUUGAAGGGGAGUUUGAUUACUUUUUGUGUGUGUGUGUAAUUAACAUUGUACCCUAUCUGAAUUGAAAAUGGGCCCAAAAUUGAAAGACAAAAUGGUGACCCCAAACUGGAUGUUGGACAGUCUGGCAAACAAUUUUUUUUUCAGAGCUUACAAAAAGUUUUCAAAAAAUCCAAAGGUUUCCUGCUUGUUGGUGUAUUCAAUACAAUAUUGAAAGUUAGUUUGACUUAUAGACUAUGUCAUUAGUUUGAUAACAAAGUCUAUUUCUGAAAGACUAUCAUUAGUUCCUAAAAAUAUCUUGGGGUAUUUUUUCACAGUUGGUGAUUAAAAUAAAGCAACAUCAUAAUUGUGAAAUUGAGUGAAAAGGAUACGAUAAAACCGCAUUUCAGGAUAUAUUGGUUCCAUCACAAAAAUAUUUGUACAUGAGAGUACGGGGUCAUCAGUUCAUCUAAUGUUACCGAAUAUUAUUCAGAAAGAACUGAGUCGUUCUUAUUACACAAAACUAG